CAAUCGCUCACAUGAUUUGCGAAUCGAGCUCUGAAAAUUGUAACGCUGAUUAUUUAUAUGUUUUGAUCUCGAUUCGCAUACACAGUUUUGGGUUCUGAUGUGUUUGCUGCUACGGCCAUGGCUAGAGUCACUGCUAGUGCUAUGUUCGGCAUUCUUCGCCGCUUGUCUUGGCAAUAGACACAAGGAUCACUUGAUGAUCCUUGUGUCUUGGCAAUAGACGCAUUCUGCUUCUAUUGCCAAGACACAAGGAUCAUCAAGUGAUUCAGGUUUGGGUUCAAUCCCCAGUUUUUCAAUUUCAACAAUUUUUUACUUGUUUGGGCAAUAUGUCAAAAUGGGAUUUCUACUUCUUUCAAAAUUGGGGGUGUAGAUGCUUAGACUACGAGGGGGCUCUGCUUCUAUUGCCAUGAAACAAGGAUCAUCAAGUGAUUCAGACGAGACCAUCUUCGUUUCACGAUGUGGUGAGGGUUUGAGAGAUUCUGAAAGUGCUGGACAUCAGUGGGGUUCAGACCUAUGUGAACAGUUCCAGAGUCAUGUUGUUCCCGAACGAGAGGCCACUGCUGGAAAAUCUAGUGAAGGAGUCGCUCAUUUAUGUGAAAUCUGUGGAAGAAGCGUAUGGGAUCCAUUUCGGUCCGGCUCUUUUCAUUGGACUGUCAGGUAUAACCAGAGUUUAUGACGGGUUGAUUUAACCCAAAUGAGAAUGGACAACAUGAUGCACCUUAUCUGAAAUGCAAGCCAUGGGAAUAUAAUUUUCCAAGAUUAGUUCAUUAAGAGCCUGAAUUCCCUUCCCUUUAGGGUGAAACUACCAACAUGAGUGCAAAUUCGAACAAUGUUUCUCCUUCCAUAAGUCGCGGCAUUAGAAACUCAUCUGGAACUGCUCAUGAUCAACGCAGAGGACCAGUUGCUGCUGUGGUUGAAAGGAGCCAACCUGUGGGGGUUAGUCGCCAAACUGUCCAGAGGACUUUGGCUUUAUAUAGGGAGGAAUUAGAGAAGCUGUCCCGUGAGAAGGAAGGACCCAAAACAACUCUUCCUACAGUUGUAGCUAAUCUUUUCCAAAAACACCAAAGGUGUUUGAACGCUACAAAACGAAUUGGACAUGUUUCAGGAAUCAAUGUCAGUGACAGAUUUCAGUACCGGGCAGAAUUAUUUAUCAUCGGCCUUCACCGUCAACGAUCAAAUGGUAUUGAUUUCAAGAGGGGUGAAAACGGUCAAAAUCUGGCAAUAAGCAUUGUGGCUUCUGGGUGCUAUGAUAAUGACAUGAGCUCCCCAGAUGAAGUAGUUUAUUGUGGGCAGGGAGGGAAUCCGACUGUCAGUAGCAGAAUAGUAGAUCAGAGAUGGACAGGAGGUAACCUUGCAUUGAGGAACAGCAUUGGAGCCAGAAACCCCGUGAGGGUUAUUCACGGGUUCAAGUACUCCAAGCCAUCACCCACAGAUGGCACAAAGUCUGGGUAUGUGUAUGAUGGGUUGUACUAUGUCAAGGAGUGGAGACAAGUGAGGGGGAAGUUUGGCAAGCUUGUGUUCAAGUUCACCUUGAAAAGGAUUAUUGAAUAACCUGAGAUUCCUUCAGGUAACAGACAAAUUUUGUGUUUUGAUAAGUCAACAUUUCUGGACUUGAUUGUUGGUUAUGCUGUUUUGUACUGAAAGGUCGAGUUGUUUAGAAAUAUUGUUAAAACUCAUGUGAUGGUGAUGUGUUGAAACCUUU